GGCGUGACGUCACCACGUGCCCCAGCCUGUGGCGGUAGCAAUGGCGGCGGCCGUGGAGUCAGCGUCGGAGCCAGAGGCGGAGGACCCGCUGUGGAGCUUUGUGCGGGUUCUGGAGAAGCGGGAUGGGACGGUCCUUCGCCUGCAGCAGUACGGCUCCGGAGGCGUGGGUUGUGUUGUGUGGGACGCCGCCAUCGUCCUUUCCAAGUACCUGGAGACGCCGGGGUUUUCCGGCGACGGGGCCCACGCGCUGAGUCGCCGCUCGGUGCUGGAGCUGGGCUCGGGCACCGGGGCUGUGGGGCUCAUGGCCGCGACCCUCGGGGCAGAUGUUGUAGUCACUGAUCUUGAGGAGCUGCAAGACUUGCUGAAAAUGAAUAUUAAUAUGAACAAGCAUCUUGUGACUGGUUCUGUUCAAGCCAAGGUACUGAAAUGGGGGGAAGAACUAGAAGACGUCACUUCACCGGACUACAUACUGAUGGCUGACUGCAUAUACUAUGAGGAGUCCUUGGAACCAUUGCUAAAAACGUUGAAAGAGCUCAGUGGAUCUGAAACUUGUAUUAUAUGUUGCUAUGAACAACGUACAAUGGGGAAAAAUCCAGAAAUUGAGAAGAAAUAUUUUGAGCUCCUCCAGCUAGACUUUGACUUUGAGGAAAUCCCUUUGGACAAACAUGAUGAAGAGUACCGAAGUGAAGACAUUCGUAUUGUCUACAUCAGAAAGAAAAAGUCGAAACUGCCAUCCUGAAACCCUUUUCCAUCUCACCCACGCCCCCAACACCUGCAUAAGAUAAAGAUGGGAAUGGAGCAUGUGCAUACAGCGUGGGAAGAUUGCAUUUACAUUUCUCCAGCAUGUCCUUAGAGAUCUGGCACAUGGAUGACGACCACUAUGGACUGCAAGGCCUGCCUGCAGUGGGCUUGAAAUCCAGCUUCAGUUCUGUAGCUCAGCACCAAGGUCUGCUUAAAAGUAACACUGGGAUCACCCAAAUAAAAAUAAAUUUGAGGUUGGCCUCAAUCUGAAGCAGCAUGGUUGACUCAGUGCAUUUUCAAGAAACUAGAGAUAAUCCAAUUUCUAAUGAUACCUACCUGUCACUAUAGAGUAAUGUUUUGAGGACUGGUCAUGGUGGUGUACGACUUUAAUUCCACUACUGGGGAGGCAGAAGCAGGGGAAUCUCUGAGUUCCAGAUCAGCUUGGUCUACAGAGUGAGUUCAGGCAUAAUGACACCUUGCCUCAAGAAGGAAAAGGAAGGAAGACUAGAGAUAAGUUGACCCAAUUAGCAAUCAUAGUUAUCUCUUACCAUGUAAGCAAUAAAUUUUAGUUUUUCUUUCCAGUAAAUUUCAAAGACAGUCACACUUUUACUUAGUUGUGCAGUAGUGUUUUUUUUUUUCCUUAUAUUUUAAUACUUACAUGUUCUUUUAAAGGAAACUGAAAAUAUUCUCUUUACUGGCUGUACGUAGUUUCGUUUCCUGCAUCACAGGUUGGUGAGUUAUCUCGAGAGGUAAGGGUGCCUACUGUAGUGAGUCACUAGACAGAUGCCGGUGUGAGGAAAGAAAGCCAGUUACAGGUGUUGGUGUUCACAGGCUCAGCAGUUUUCUUUUCUAUGUCUUCCAAGAAAAUCUGAUUUUAAAAUAGACAUCACGUUUACACAAAACUGAUUUUUUUCAACUAAAAAUUAGUUCAGUGCACAUUUGUCAAAUGCUUUUUACUAUGUUUUCUCCAGUUUUUGUUCCAAUAAUCAUCUGCUCACGUGGACUAAUCUGUCAAUGACUUGAACAACAGCACCAAUUCCAAAAAGUAGUAACCAGAUGGAAUUCUGGAAUUUUCAGUCAUUGGUGCUAAAUGGCACAUUUCAUGUGUUGAUGAAAUAAACAUUUUUGAAACCUUG